UGCCGCACAUUCCGGUGUCCGCCUCUUCCUGUUCAUUACACACACUCGAUUUCAGAGGAUCAAGAUGUCUGGACUUCUGCGGGGAAUCGCUCGCGUCCGCGCCGCUCCGGUUCUGCGGGGAUCAGCCAUCACCCAGCGAGCCAACAUCACCACGCGCCCUGCCAAGGAUAAGUGUGGGCCCGUUGAGACCGUAAUUGGUCUGAUCGCAUUUACUUUUACCAUCCUGGGACCAUCCGGGUGGAUUCUGGCUAACCUGGAAAACUACAAAAAGAAGGCUGCUGCUUAGUCUGAGUGAUCUACUUGUCAUGGACUGAACGCAGUUUGUCUGGUUUUAUUGCUUUUAACAUGUUGGGACCACCAUCUCACAGACCUCCAUCUUACCUAAUCAGCGGAACAAUUUGUCUCCUUUGAGCCACCCUGCUACCUCUCCAUGCGACCGUUUACUUUCCUCCAGACACUCCGGUCUUUGUUACACUGAGCUGUUUGCUCCUUCUUACUAACUGUGUGAUAACGUAAUCAUGGGUGAUUCAAUCCUCCUCACCUGGAGCUGUUACAGUUGAAAUAAAUCAUUAUUUAAAUCCUUAAA